AUGAAUGGCUUCCACGUCAGCGUCGCCACAUUGACCGUGGUGCUUUCCGCCUAUAUAACGAGGAGCUCUAGAUCGUCAGAGGAAGAGAAACUGGCGCGUAGACUAGCUCGCCAGCAACGGAAUCGGAAAUCAGCUCAAGUAUCGCGCGAAAAGAAGAAGGCAUAUAUCGACCAACUUGAGCAUGACGUAGCCGUAUUGCGGUCCGAGAAGCAAGUCAGUGAACAACGCGAAAAACUAGCUACGGUCAAACGCAUGGAGUUGGAAGGGAAAAUCAAUGAUUUAAAUGCAAAGGUUCAUCGGCUCGAAUCUGUCGUGUCUAUGCUUUUGAAAGUGAAAGAAGAUGGUCUUGGUUCGGAAUCUCAGAAAACUGAUGCAUUUGUGGUUGGUAUGCAACAGCAGAAGGAUGAUUUUGCUGCUGAUAAGACGUACGAGUCCUUGCUCAAUUUUGCGCAAACAAGUGCAGCGCCGGCCGCUGCGUCGACCCUGCUCGAAGCCCUUGGACAUCGUGUUAGCCCAGCAGCGGGUGCAUUCUGCGGGAACGAGCCCGAGUCUGCCGACGAGCGCUGUUCACCGGCCGUGUCGACGCUUGGAGCGUCCAAUGGCAGCAGCCUUGACUUUGACGACAUCGUUGAACAGGGCUCUCCGUCCAUCAGCAGGAUUUCAUCCGAUGCUUUACUGUCUUCCGCAAAUAUACUCAGAUCUGCGAUCCCCCCCGAAGACACGCCUUUUCACUGGAACGGAAAAGACACCGAUGUUGCGGCUCCGAUUCAAAAUCCCGCAAAACCGGCUGGCCAUGGUGUUGAGCAAGUAUUCUCGAAUUCAACCUGUGACCUGAUCGACGAGACAGCAGCCCCCGACCUCAGCCUUCUGAUGUCGGCCUAUUCCCCUUUACAAGACUGGGAGGGCGACUCUGAUACCAAAUCAUCCAACUCUCCGAGCGAUUUCGAGUGGGAUGCUCCUGUUGUACCUACAAUGGACAACCUUUCGACGCCGGACCUGAAUGCUCCUUUGUUUCCUAUAUAUGACUAUGUUGAUGUGGAUGUUCCGUUGCCUAAGGAAAAAACUGAUGCCAUGUUUACGUCCUUGGGAAGCACGUCGUAUCCUCUAGCUUGCUUGUAG